AUGGCAGCCCUCCGUGAACGGGAAGAAGCCUUGGAGAUGAAGGCGAAUGCCCCUGAUGGCAAAAUCAACUGGGAGGAGGCGCGCCAUGCUUUUGAGGCGCGCCAGGCGCAGCUGGAGGCGCAACGCCUUGCAGCGGAGGCGGCGGAGAGGGCCUUGGAGGAGAGCCACCACGAAGGUCUCUCGGCCGAAGAGCGUGAAACGCUGCAAACCAAAGCUGCUGAGGAAGCCGCCGAGCAGGCUGCACAGGAGGCCCAGGCCCUGGCAGCCUUCGCGCAGCAGCGGGCGGUGGAGGCUGAGAAGCAGAUGAACGAAGCCACCGUCACAGCACACUUCCAGGUCCUUGCGAAGCUUUCGCGUGUGCAAGCAGCCUACGCGAGCCUGGAAGAUCGGCUGAGGCUACAGGAGGAGGUGACCGCGUCUGCUGAAAAGCGUGCGAAGGAAGCUGAGGAGCGCGAGGAGCAGCUCUGUUUGUUGGUCUCAGCCAAGGCCUUGGCGCGACAGGUGCGACAACGAGAUCGAAUGGCUCAAACCUUGUUGGUGUGCGAGCAAAAUGAUGAGGAACAGUGGAGGUUCGCGGUGGACGGCCAACCCGCGCAUCUCCAGUGGAUGGACGGCGAACCCGCGCAUCUCCAGUCCAGCGUGCAUGGAGAUAUGGUCACGUUGGCUGCGCAGUACUUGGCAGAUUCCAGGGACGAUGAAGACCCACAGGUGGGAUUGGUGAACCUCCGCACCUUAACGGAAGUGCAGGAGUUUGUGAACGCAACAGCCGCGCACCCAGAGAGACAGCCGGCCAUGGCGGAAGAGUCCAGUGCCCUGAGGUCAAGCAGCGAGAAGCCUUCGCCAUUUCCCAAGCGGCCACGUGUGUCCUUCAGCACAGUGGGUGUGCGAACCUUCAACGGAGAGAAUGAUCCCAUGGCUCUUUCGGGUCCCAAGGAGCGAGCCCUGUCGCCCAUCUCCGAUCCCGCGGGCGCGGCGCAUGCGCAUGUGGAAUCGGACUCCGGCGAAGUCACGGCCAAUGUGGAGAGCUUGUCACGCUUGGUGCUGGAGGAUGAGUUGGACGCGAGGAGCAAACAUGUCGACAUCAAUGAGUCACGAGAGCAGUUGGAGCGCGUCUUGUUGAAGCAAGCUUCACCCAUGCGGACUCCCACAGCAGAUCAGGAGACCUCGCCAUUGCCUGAGAAUUGGGACCUCUACAAGCAGUUCAAGUCCAGUCAAGCCGCGCAAACCAAGGGUUCACCUGAGUUGGCGUCCACCAGUCGCCGCGUGAGCCCCCGCGUCGCGCCAAGCCGGGGCCCCUUGCGGCCGCGCGCCUCCAAGUGUUCACCGCGGCGCUCCCCGGAUACGGUGGACAUGAGUGGAGUGGUGAGAUCCAUCCAGAUGGGUCCCAGGGAGGACGGCCGCGACGAGUCCCUGGUGCCGGAGGGGCGCAAGUCCUUCGCCACCUUUCAGAGCCUGGAGCCUGGCCCUGAGAUCUAUGCUGUGAAGCAGGCAGGACGACGCUUGCAAGAGCCGAUGUUGAAGAGUCGAGCCAUGCAGCGGCAUCAGCAUCAUAGGAGCGAUUUGAUGAGCUCAGCUGAGAGGUUUCGGGAGAUGCAGGACCAGGUGAUGAAAGAAACUCAGGAGGAUCAGCAACUGAUGGAGAUGAAGGGCCAGAUGGCAAAGAAAGCGUUGCAAGCCGAGCAGCAAGCGCUGAAGGACUUGGAGGAUCAGGUGUCGCAGGCGCAGAUGUCUGUGGAAGCCACGAAGGAAGAGCUCCGCCAGGCCAAAAAGCGUCUCUUGCGACAGAAAGCGCAACGUGUGGCCCUGCAGCAGGCGCAGUCCGCCCGCAGCUGCUUCGUGACACAUGCCAUGCCCGACUUCCUGGAGCUGCGCUUGCGCGGCGCCAACGGCACCGUGAAGGUCGAAGGGCCCAUGGCCACCCUGGCCUUGCGCACACGUAACCAGGAGCUGGGCCGUCAAGCCUGGCAGGAGGCUUUGGCGUCGCAGGCUGUGGAGAAGGCAGAAGAUAUCGGAUGCUACAAGGAAGCAACGGUUCCCGUUCAUCAGUUGCCUGAGCUGCUGCGGCGCGUGGACUUUGCUUUCUUGCGCUGUGGAGUCUGUGGAGUCGAGGCAUAG